ACUCAGGUGUCCACCAUCUUAGGAGCACCUGCUGGGAUCAUUCGUUUGAUCAGUUUCUCCAUGACUGCUGUGAUCAUCCUGUUGAUCAGUGUCUUGAUUCCUCACACCUGUCCAGGAGAUGGAGUGUCUCCACUCACUAGCAGGGAUCUGAACACAUUUUUGGCUGUACUUUAUUCGACUAAUAAGCUCUUUGAGCACAUAGACAAAAUCAUGACCCUUUAUUUUAACUGCUGUAAAAAAAGCAAUGUUAUAAAUUGUUAUUAUUUUUGUUCAUUACUACAUGACUAAUCAGAUGGCCAGUGUGAGGGUCAGAGUUAGUUUAAAAGCUUGAAUGAAGCUCAAAAGACUGAUCCUUGAUCUGUGCGUGUGUUUUUGAGAACAGAAAGCUCAUCCCGUCUCUGAAGUUGGUUGUGCCUUCUAAAGCUUAUGUGUGCUCAAACUGGAGGAGCAGGGUGGAGCGAUGCAUGGUUCAAUAUUGACCCAAGCACUUGCUCCAAUUAGGCGAGGCAGGAUGAAUUCCGGAUCUGGAGCUUCUGUUGUUCUCCAGUGUUUCUCUUUUCUGUGAAGUAAUGUUCCAGCACACGUAGACUGAACAGUUUUAUCCUAUUAAGUGUUUUUAAGCUGAUUGUUUAUUUGUUUGAGUUUAUUGUAUUUGUUAUGUUGUGCCUGGAACCAUAGUCUACACUUUAAUAAUAGUUUUGAGGUAAAGGAAAACAAGCAAUUUGGAUUACCAUGGGCUACCCAACGUUGUACCAAUGUGUGCACUUUCUCAUCAGUCUCCAGUUUGCUUGGGGGGUGGACAAUGUGGCCCUCCUCAACCCCCCUCAAGAGCCUGUAAACGGUCAGCGGUUGAGGGUGCGCUACUCUUGUGACGGCCAUGCGCUGGUACGUGUGGACUGCUUGGUGACCUUCGACGAUGGCCUGAACGCCACGUACCGGUUGGGCCACUGGCGCUGCGACCCCGGCCAACCCAGGGUCCGAGCUGUGAAGCUGGGCUUCCCGGACUGGCUGGUGUACCGAGGGGACGGGAUAGUCCCAGGGACCCACUGGGUUCAGAGCAGCAUCCUGGUGGCGUCACUCCGACGGCCCGGCCAAUCAGAGGGUGAGGAUGGGGCGGUCUUGGUGCAGGAUCUGGCCGUGUUGCAGUCCGUACCCCCUCUCAGUAGGCCCCUGAAAAAGCACGACAUCUGUCCCUCUUGGGGCUCACAGAUGAUUCAGCUGGCUUGGAACCCUGUACACUCCCAGUGCACAGAGGAGAAAGAGACGGUGAACCUCCUCUCUUCCAUAUAUGCCUCAAGUGGGGAGAACUUUGGGCUGACCAAGUCCCUGGGCGUCUACAGGAGUGAGGUGCUAGAGAACACUCGCCUCAACGGCGUCUCCUAUCCAUGGUGUAUGUUUUCCGUUUGGCUGUUUGUGAUGAGCCACUGUGACCAACGAAUGUGUAGCGUCUUCCAUCACAUAGACUCUGACAACAACUACGUCACCCCCGUUAUAUUCCUCACACGGAAAGGUCAGCUCCACUUCCAGAUGAACGGAGAAGCGGGGGAAUCUUCGGCGUUCCUCAGUCUGUUCACUGUUCCUCUACGCCAGUGGUGUCAACUGAGGGUGGUACUGCGUGGCCGUGCUGCCUCCAUCAACAUGGCGUGUACGGACGGACAUUCCAAAAGUGUUUAUUCUACAGAAUACACUUUCAAGCAUUCUGUAGUGCUGGAUGACACAGAGGGGUAUUUUGUGAUUGGAGGAGGAAAAUUCAUGAGAGGUGUUGAUGGUUAUUAUGGUCCUGUGGUGUACCACCGAAACAGAAUACCUUCAACCAGCAAGGAUGAAGUCAAUAUUCCUUACCUUCUCAACCAUUUAAACCUGACCAGGUGGUUGAACACCUGUCAAAAUCUUCAGAAUGACAUGAGGGACACAAUCAAUGGGUACUCUCUGAUGGCCAAACAAGAAGCAGAAGCUGAGAGAAAUUCUGGCGAUUUUUACGAUGAAGGUACGAAAAAUAUGCGAUUAUUAAAGACGCACUGUGAACCAUGGGAAGCUGGUACACUCAAGAGACGUCAAGCUGCAAACGUAGCUAAACUACUGUCUUUAAAACAUGGAGGAAGGUCAGAGGUCAGUCUGGCAUCGGUGGGCAAAGCACUUUAUUCUUUAGCACUUUCAAAACUAGAGAAAUCUGGCGAGGUUGAAGCGGUCAGCAGAGUUUUACCGCUGCUGCUCCAGUCCGGCUGUCUGGGAGAAAACCGCUCCCUCCACAUAGCGGCCGUCCUCUACAACGCGGGGCUCGGAGUCCGCAGGCAGCCCACCAAGGCCUGGCUCCUGGCCCUGCUGGGGGCCCAGCAGGACUCCCGGCUGAGCCUGAUGCACCUGGGACGGGCCCACCACCAGGGAGACCGGGGGCUCCCAGCGGACCAGGACCUGGCCUACGCCUACUACGGCAACAUCGCCAAGCAGACGUCUUUGGACCGGCUGAAGACGUCUCCCGAACAGGCGUUCGUGGAGGCCAUCUACCUGACCAACGAGGAGGCGCUGCGGCAGCAGACCAGUGAGGACCACCACCUCUUCCAGUGGCUCAAACUACAGGCGCACAAGGGAGCCGCCAGUGCUGAGCAAACGAUGGGGCGCAUGCUGUUCUGGGGCCAGCAGGGGCUGUCUGCAGACACGGCGAAGGCGGUGAGGCACUACGAGAGGGGGGCCGUCCGCCUGCAGGACCCCGCCUCCAUGUACGACUACGCCAUCGUCCUGAUGCAGGGCAUUGGGGUUAAGAAGGAUGUCCCGAGAGCUGUGGCCUUCCUGAAGAGAGCCAAACGGCAGGGUUUCGUACCCGCGACCAACGCCCUGGCCUGGUACUACGAGCAGUUUGAGCGGGACUACAAGCGGGCGGUGGAGCUGUGGGAAGAGGCCGACCUCCUGGGGAGUCCGGACGCCGCCAUGAACCUCGGGGUCAUGUAUUCCCAGGGCCACUACCCUGGGAAACCCGCCAACAAGUUCAUGGCCUAUAAGUACUACCUGAAGUCUGCCCAGAGAGGUCAUUUGAAUGGAGCGAUCCAUCUGUCUGAAAUGUGGACCAGCGGGAUACCCGGCCGACUGCAGCGACGCCCUGCUGAUGCCGUAUUGUGGUCCAAAUGGGUGUCUGAGCACAAUGGAUACCUGGGCAUUGUUCUAAGGAAGGCCUUGAAGUUCCAUCUUGACAACGAGAGUCUGAUGUCGUUGUUGUACUACCUGAUGGCUGCUGAGUCUGGAUAUGCUCCCGCCCAGUUCAACACCGCCCAUAUAUGUGAACAAAACAGCGAAGGAUUUCUGGAUCCUGUUUUUGCCGCCCAUUGCGUGCUGAGAUACUACAACCUGACGGUCCACUCUCAGAAUCCUGACACCAAAGCCCUUAUUAAACUGGGGGACCUGUUUUACGAGGGACGCGUCGCAGGACACAAAGACAUGGACUCCGCUGCCCAGAAGUACAAACGGGCUGCGCUCAUGGAGGAUCCACAGGGGUGGUACAGCCUGGGUCUCCUCGUUGAGCAGGACUACAGGCUGCCUUUAUCAGUGCUGAUCGACCUGGGUCUCCCUGACCUCUACCUGGCAGAUAAACACACACUGCAGGCCGCCAUGUACAGCAGGUGCAGGGACUCUGAGUCUACAGAGGCCUACUUGCCAUGCAGUCUGGCUCUCGUCAACGUCUAUCUGCAGUCCUUCCAGAGGGACUACAGCGCUUCACUCACGUUGUCCAGUCUAGUCGUGGUGGUGAUUACAGCGCCCCCUAUCGUCUUGUUGCUGCUGGCGUACCUCCGGGGGAGUGGCCUGUCCCGACACUAAACCCUGCACCAUCCGGCUAACCCCAUGAACUAAAGAAUUAAUGAAGCGGCACGCAACUCUUUGCCUCUUAUCAGUAUGGUUAACUUUUUUAAAAACUCGUCCUCUUUUAUAUAUGUUUUAAAUGUCUUUGUUAAUAAACCAUUUCUUUAA